AUGGCAGCAGUCACGUUCCCCUCAGAAGACCCCAGAGAGCCGAGCGCCCACCCCGGGGGCCUUGAGAUGAACCUGGAGACCAGCUCAGGCGGAAGGCCAGCGCGCCAGCAGAAGGCCAUCCCCAGAGCUCACCUGACCUUCGUCAUCGACUGUGCGCGAGGGAAGCAGAUCUCCCUGGCAGCACCCCCGGGGCCACCCCGCACCCCCAGUCCCAACCCGGGACCUGCCGUCCCUCCGAUGAAGACCUACAUCUUGUUAUUCGGGGAAAAGCAGUCCCCCAACCUGACUCGGGAGGCUCCGCUGGGUGGGGGGGGCCUUGCGCAGGCCAGGGGGCCCUGCCCAGGGCCCCCCUGCAGAGGGACUACGGCCCAAGCUUCCCCCCCAGCCAGCCCAGGAGGCCUUGCGGAGGCUCCUGAAGCCAAGGGGAGCCCCGUGAAGGCCGUGUCCUCGCGGUCCUCCGCGUGGGGAACGGUCAUCGGCUCCCUCAAGGCCCUCUCCUCCUGCGUCUGCGCACAGGCGGAUUAA